UGUGUGUGCGUGCGCGCGCGCGUGUGAUGGGAGAAGCGAGAAGAAUCUCAGACAGGCGAGCGGUGGGGCAUCGGGGAGCCCCGUAGCUCAGCGGUUGGAGCCCGAGAGGACCCGGGUUCGAUGCCCUUCCCGGUCGGGGUCUGGGUCGGGGCGAAACCUCAGUGAUGGCAGGCCCCCGGCCUGUGGUGCUGAGCGGACCGUCCGGUGCCGGCAAGAGCACGCUGCUGAAACGGCUUCUCCAGGAAUUCGAAGGGAUGUUUGGAUUCAGUGUCUCACAUACAACUCGGAAUCCAAGGCCAGGAGAAGAGGACGGCAAAGAUUACCACUUUGUAUCGCGGGAGGAGAUGCUUCGUGGGAUUCAGGCUGGGGAAUUCAUAGAAAGCGCUGAAUUCUCCGGAAAUAUAUAUGGAACCAGUAAGGCUGCAGUGCAGGCAGUGCAAGCCAAGAACCAAAUCUGCAUUCUUGACGUGGACAUGCAGGGGGUGAAGAACAUCAAGAAAACUGAGCUGAACCCCAUCUAUAUUUCAAUACAGCCUCCCUCGUUUGAAGUUCUGGAGAAGCGGCUAAAAGACCGAAAUACUGAAACCCUGGAGAGUUUAGCAAAGAGGUUGUCGGAAGCAAAAUUGGCCAUUGAAUUCAGUAAGGAGCCUGGUAUGUUUAAUGAAGUAAUAGUUAACAACGUUUUGGCAGAUGCUUAUUCGAAGCUGAAAUCAGUUCUGACUGAGGAAAUUGAAAAGGCAAAGAAAUCACAGAACUGAAUGAAGUGUUUGAAGAUAUUUCCAUGCACCAUGUCAUACAGAAAAUCCCAGCCCUCUGUUGUGGAAUUCCUAUUCCCAGCCGUUAGGAUCAAAUGAAGGAGGAAAAUCUCUUAUCAAGAGUCUAUGUAUUUAUUCAAUAUCCUGACAUCCCUUUCUUUUUAUAUGUCUGAUUAUUUCUUAGUUUAUUUGGAGGUGUACAUUGCCGUCCGUGCUAGCAUUCCAUUUCCUUCUCAUCAUUGUCCUUAAGAAUGUAUUUUAAAGUAGGAAUUGUUCGAAGACGAAUGUAGAGGCUUUGUCUGUCUGCUGCUCAGUGUAACCUUCGUAAGGAUUUGCCUGUUUUCUUUACCAGUUUGCAGGAUAGUACCUUUGAGGUGCAAUUUUAUAACUUGUAUUAUUUUUUUUAAAAAAGAGUGUACAUAUUAAAACGAGCCGCUACGAUUAUAUGUAACACCAAACACUCCAGACACACUUGUUUGUGUGUCAUUUUACCCGACGGUGACCAGUAAACCUAGAGUAGGAGCAGAUUAAUGUCAUGGCACAAUUUUCUUUUCUAAUUAUUUAAAUUGCUUUGUGUGCUUAAAGGGUUACCUGAUCCCUUUAAGUGCUCUGGUUAAGUUUUUUUUUCUUCUGAGUGUCGCCUUUUGGCAUCUCGUCUCCAUCAUCAAAAUGGUGCGAUGAAUCCGAACGUAGAAUCAAUGAAAUGUCGACGCAGAGAGAGGCCAUUCGGCCCUGUCCUGCCUGUGCACUUCCAACUCCAUUCCUGGAACUCUGUACGUUAACCUUGUCUCUCCUUCUCCCCUCCCCCACCCCCUUUAUGUAUUUAGGGCUUCUGAUGAUUUUUUAAAAUCUAAUCAACCUCCCAAUAAAACACCACAGAUUAACAAAAGAAAACUGUGUCGAUUCCAAUAAACACCGGAAAUACCUGUUCUGAUGUCA